UCACACCCUAAAAAAGCUUCAUUUGCCAAGCUGUGCACAGUUGCACUCACCAAACCAAACAUGCCCUAAAGUGAGACUCACACUAACAUAACACACCACAACACAUUAACACUAGUGUCAUUCAUUCACCUUGGCUAAACUAAACAUCCAAACCCUCCAACCUAGCUCCUUUAUUUUUUCCUCACUCUCCCCUGCACUUUCCCCUCUCUCACUCACCCCAUUACUCACUCUGACACACUAACACACACCUCUGCCUUCGUUUACUGUGUCCAAAGCAGCUAGCUAGCACUGAUGAAAGAGGUGACCGUUGAAGCUGAAGGUGGCGGCCACCACCAAGGAGGAGCACAAGGCGGCGCACCAGAGAAUGGGAAAGGAACAACAGCCACCAGGCCAGACUUGCACAACAGGGCCAUGAAAAUCUUGAGAGCUAGAGAGGCUUACAAUGGGUAUGAAGAAGUUGGAGAAAAACCCUCAAGAUUUGAAGUCAUGGGGUGGUACCUUUAUGAGUUCUGCUCCUACUUUAUCCAAACUGUCCUCAUCCCUGUUGUGUUCCCUCUCAUCAUCAGCCAGCUACAGAACCUCCCUGCAGACUGGGCCAAGAACAACCGCCCUGCAGGCACACACUGCUCACAAAAGGAACUUCAUCUGUAUAGCAAACUGACAAAUCAGACCAUAACUUCAAAUUUCUCCGCAUUGGAAUGGACAUCAAUUGGUUGGGCCAUAGGCCUAGCUAUUGCUGCUCCAAUCCUUGGCUUCCUUUCCUUCCACCUUGAUGGCCACUUCCCCAAAUUCAUCACAGUUGCAUCCACAGCUGUUGGAGUUUUCUUCUGCCUCCCUGCAGGCUUCUUCAAAGUCACAGCCAUCUUCAUCCCCUACAUUGCCGGCAUCGUCGCAGCCAGCACGGUCGCCACCGCCGCCCACACCCACCACCUCGGUCUCAUGAUCCGUUCCUUCACCGGACCGACCCUCAAAAGAUCCCAAUUCCCUAUCAGGCAAGGAAUCUCAAGCAAGCUCUCGCUUCAUGCGACCGCAGCUGGUUGCUUAGGCUCAGCAUUGAUCUCAGCCUUCACCUACCACAUGAUUCGUGAGCUCAAUGUGAAUGAACCUGACAUCAUGAGUCUCUGGAUUGUUUCAAUCUUCAGUGGCCUAAUCUGGCUUGUGGGGAUUUUCCAUGUUGCUACAGCCAUUGGCAGAACCACUGAUGAAAUUUCAUUCUCCUCAAGGCUCCACCCUUUCUCAGUUUUCAAGUACCCUCACGCCAUUGGAGCACUCGCUAGUGUUUUCAUCUCCUCAUUCAUCACCAUGACGAUUUUCACAGGAGGGGUUGUUUUCAUAGUGGGCCAGCUCUGCAUUAAACCAGUGCAUUUACUCUUCUUCUGGCUAACUUACUUCCUUUUCCCUGUUUUCUCUCUGUCUCUGCUUCAACCCCUGUUGCGUGUGAUCAAGAUGAACUCAGUGAAAAUGCAGAUUGUGGGGUUCCUCUUUUCACUGAUAUCUUCGGGUUUUGGAUUCUACUACGGUCACAGCCACUGGAAAUGGGGCCACUUGGUGGUGUUCAGCGUGAUUCAGAGCACUGGAACAGGGAUUUUGCAUGCAUUUAGCAGGGUUUUGGUUCUGGAUUGUGCUCCAUCAGGGAAAGAAGGUGCAUUUUCGAUCUGGUACGCGUGGAUGCGAAGCGCAGGGUUGUUGGUGGGGUUCACGGUGGGUUCAGUGUCUCCAGGAAACAUCAGAACUUCAUUUGGAGCUGCGUUUUGCACUGCCAUUGCUGGGAUUGUUGUGUUGCUUUUUGGAAAUAUCAGUGAUGUUGGAGGUGCUGUUGCUGCAGGGCAUGUCAGGGAUGAUAGUGAGAGAAGCUCUGCUGUUGCUGGAUUGGAUACGAAGGAAUCUGUGCAUGUUUGAAUUGAACUCCAUUAAUAAACCAGUGAAUGAAUGGUUAUGGUGAUGAUAGUGCAUGGUACAUUUUGCUGUCUGUGCUUAUAUGAUUCUUUGCAAAUGAUGAUGAUGUUAGUGGUGGUGCAUGCAAGGGUAAAAAAGGGUUUUAUUUCAUGAUUGAUUUUAGAUUUUAGAUGUAUUCUUGUGGUUACUGUUGUUCUUGGGCAUGCUUGUGUUUUUUCUUUUUUCUUUUUUUAAUCUCUGUUUGAGGAUUUGGGUUCUGACCAGUAUAACUGUGUAAUAGUAUUUUGUCAUAUUUGUUUCUCAUCAUUUCUAUAUACUCAUUACUCA